AUGAUCCAGCUCAAGUCCCUCGUCAACUGCAUCGACAACUCCGGCGCCGCCAUCGUCGAGUGCGUCCAGGUCUUGCGCAAGAAGGCCGCCGCGUCGAUCGGUGACCGCAUCAUUGUUGUCGUGCAGAAGCAGCGUGCUUUCGGUGCCGACUCCGGCAGCGUCUCCGUCAGCGCUGCGAACAAGGUGCGCCGUGGUGACAUCCGGCACGCCGUCGUCGUUCGCACGGCCAAGAAGAUCCAGAGGCCAGACGGCUCGGUCGUCAGGUUCGACGAUAAUGCGUGCGUCUUGAUAAAUAAGUCUGGCGAGCCUAUUGGAACCCGUCUUAACGGUGUCGUUGGAGCUGAGCUCCGCAAGACGCAAUGGUCCAAGAUUCUCUCUAUGGCCCCGCAGCAUGUGUAA